CGAAUCUUAGGCAACCUGACUCGAGCAUUUUAUCUAUGCCGAGACGGACCCUUGUCGGCCGUUGACCUGCCACAUGGCAGCGAGGCACCUCAUCAGAACGGGCGAGCUGCAUGGCCAUCGAUGUGCACGGGCCUCGUCCGCCCACGCGGGUACAACCCUCCUCGGACGAUCCAUCGACUUGGGAGCGACCCUCAUCAGUCGAUCAAAGUCGGGGGUCGGAACUCCGAGAAUGCUCUUCUCGGGCCUGGUUUCCGAGUCUGCUAAGGCGUUGGUCGUGCAAUUGGUGCUGUCGGCCCCUGGUUGGUGCAGAUGCAGUUCCUCCGAAACAAACGGGGCGCUGUGUGAGGGUUCUGUGACCAAAACGUCCAGUUCAAAACCCGGCCACGCUAGGCUGCUUGCUGCCCUCAUCGAAUCGUGCUACAUCAUCCUUGAGCAGAACCGCGAUCUUGGACACGCGCGGUGUGUGAAACGAACCCAGGAGGCGAUUGAUGAGAAUUGGUCAUGGACCUGGUAUCUUCCGUUGAACGGUAGGGCUGGAGAAGGACGGGCCGUCCCCCGGAGUUCCGGGAGAGAGAAACCAAGGAAAAACGAAAGAUACAGGGGCUCGCUUCCCACGGCAAACUCCGACAAAGACCCCCCUUCUCCAGACUCCACUGUCCGAGCGCGGCUAGAGUGCGAGGGGCGGACACUGCACUGGCUUGGGAUAGCAGCUCGCUAAUUUGUCACCAGCGCACACGCGGCUCCACGUCAACAGCAACACGGGCAAAUGGGAUGGAAAAUAAACACAGCAAAACCCCGCGGCCCCAGGCUUUCCCUAUCCCCGCGUCUCCCCGCGGGCACCUUACCGACGCUAUUGUAUAGGGCAGAUCCACGACGACAAUGGAAGACUGAACCAUUCGACGUGCUUUGUUUCUCCCUCCUAGCGAAUUGUACCAGAAAGUGAUCGUCUGGUGGUCCUUGCCGGUCGGCUUAAUUAUACCGAGCCGCAAUAAAUAU